AUGUGUUAUCGAUCUUGUUUGAGCGGGCAUUCAUGCUCAUGGGAAGUCCCUUAUGACUUUACCCCUCGCAUUCACCAAUACCAUGGUGUAGAGUGCACGGUGCUCCGGCCCUGGACAGCCUCUUACAAUGUGUCAUCCAGCUUGUCCCGUGCAGAAAAAAAUCAUACAAUUCGUGUAGCUGAUAGAAUCCUUACUUUGGAACGUGGAAAACAAGAAAAGGGACGAACACCACGGACACAACGGCAGAGUAACCUCUCAGGCGAGUCACCGCAAGAGAAGCGUGCUGAGUAUGAUGAUCACUCCUCAAUGCAAUCAAAGGGGUUUACUUCAGGAUUAGGGGAAACAUCAUGUCCUCAUUCGGAGGUAUUCCCAUCACAGGCACCUCAAGAAAGCUCUCCACCUCCACCUACAAAAACCCAACUCCCACCCUCUCAGGAUGAUACAGUUGAUCUGUCUGAAGAACAAGCACAAAAGCCAGUGCCGAGCGCUGUGGAGGGGGUUUCCAAGGCGCUGAGGAAGUUGUUCAUGCCGAAUCCUCCCUCAAAACCACCCACGGCGAGUCCCCAGAAAAGAGCGGCUAGGUGGCAUGCCGGGAAAGACGUCGAGAUGCUGCUGCGCGGCAUGCACACUCGUCGCUCUCUCAGCACGACCUCCCGUACAGAUGAAUCCACGAAGGGAGAUAGAAAAGCGGUGCAGAUGAUGCAGAGCACCCUCACAAGAGCUCCAUCAAGCAACCGCCACAAAUACCAACCACGCACUCAAAUGCUUUAUACCCUACCGGCUAACUACAGUCAGAGAUUAAGAUGGAUACGUGCACACGCAGCGCAGCCACGCUUUGUUCAUGAAGGUAGCUAUGCUUCUCGGCAUGCGUCACAGUCUGAACUCAACACCGUGCGAGUACCACGAUCGGAGAGCAGAAGACUGAGCAAUUGGUACCGUUACUUGAGCAAGGAGGCUCCUUGGUUAGUAUCCGACAGACUGCGUGAAGGGCCCUCGGCUUUUACCCAGUGUGCGGGCACCCCCGGUGUGGUCCCCCUGCGCGACUACAACAGCAUUGUGCCGGAUCUUUACGAGGGGACGAUCUCGGAGCGUCUGGCGUCCCUCCGUGAGGUCGAGCAGCGGAUGUUCGGGCGGCUGAUCGCCGGGGUCGUGCCCGUCGCGGGGGCCUUAGGCGACGACGAUGACAACGCGGUGGUGAUGCGGGGUGGCGACCUCGCGGUUACCGGCGUGCUCGAUGAUGGGCACCUCGACAGCGCGAUUGUACUGUGCAACGGGCGGUUGCUGCGGCGCCGCGCGGCGGUCGGCGCCUCUUCGACGGGCUUAAUGGCCUCCAGCGCGCGAGCGGAGGUCCCACGUGGUGACGUCGACGGCGGCGAAGAGGAGGAAGCGGACGGCGAUGAGUCGGAGGAAUCUCCCACCGGCGUAGCGCUUCUGGUCAAGCCCUUUCUGCGGGAAGUCUGUGCACGCAGAGCCCCGAUGGUAAGUGGAGUAGACGGGGUGGUGAUCAAUGCUGAUAUGGAGAAGCGGCGCACGUUGCUGAAGGGUCGUGAGUGGGAUCGGCAGCGCGCGAUUCGCGACGCAGCCGGCACCACAGCACAGGAGGCUAUUAUCGAUCUGAGGCUCGAUCCGAGGUACCGUCGCCCAGGCGAGUACGUACGUUGGAGAUACAACAAGGCUCGUCGAAGCAUGCAGGUUGUGCCGUGA